AUGAAGAUUGGGAGACCAGUCAACGGCGUGGACUUGGCGACCCCCGAGCGUUGGGUGGUGCGCACUCCACAGUUGGAACGAAACCUGUUCCAGAGGGGCUCCCAUCUCCAACACUCGUCUUUGACAGACAUUAUGGUUUCCAUCGCAGAGUUCUUUGUCGCGUCGGCUUUGUUGGGCCUUGCCCACGGCCACGGCGUCCUCAUCAACGCUCAGGGCGAUGCCGGUUCCCCUGCAAGCGUUGGGUUCAAAGUAAACCCCGAGAUUGCCCGCAACUGCACAACCAUCAACCCUUGCCAGCAGGACAGCACCCUGAUCCGCGAUGCCGAGAUCGAGGCCAACCUCGUCAACGAAUGCGGUCGCACGGAGCUCACGGGCAACAUCGACAUUGGCGAAGAGACGGAGAAUGCCCUGGCGGCUGGUGCCGUCACCCAGGUACAAAAGGGCAGCACGAUCGAGGUUACCAUUCACCAAGUCAACGCGGACGGCGCGGGUCCCUACUCGUGCGACCUCGACGUUACCAGCAAUGCUAGCCGGCUCACGGGGCAGAUUCCCCUCAAUGUUACCAACAACGUUCCGGGCGUCAACGGCUUCUCCCAGGCCAAGGCCCAGGACUUUGUCAUGACCGUCCAGCUGCCUGCCGACUUCCAGUGCACCGGAGCCUCGACCGGCAACAUCUGCACCGUGCGAUGCCGCAACAACGCCCUCGCAGGCCCCUUUGGCGGCUGCUUCGCCGUGCAGCAAACCGACGUAGAGGCCACGGCCAACACGCCGCAGAACAUCAAGACGGCGCAGGGGCUCGAGGCCACGCUCGCGCAGGUGCUCUCCAACCAGCAGGACCUCCCCGCGGCGGUGCAGGCCAACGCCAACGCGGGCGCCGACAGCGCCCAGCAGAACCUGGCGGCGGUCGAGGCGAUCCUCAAGAUCUCGCCCACCACCACGGCGUUCCCCCAGCAGACGCUGCCUCUGCCCGAGGUGCCUGCGGAUAAUGCGGCUGCAACGCAGACAGAAAUGCGAAGCGAGCGUCUACCGUCAAAUCCACCCACUCCUCCUCAUCCUCUCGUCAUGUCGUCCAGCAGCGUCCCUCUCCUCGAAUCCCGCGGCCUCGUCGCCGGCCAGUGGAAGACGGCGCCCAACGGCACGUUUGACGUAUACGAACCUUCGUCCGGUGAAGUCCUCGGCCAGGUCGCCAACUUUGGCCACGACGACUUCGUCCAGGCCAUUGAUGCGGCGUACGACGGGUAUAAGAAGUUUUACGACGGCACCACCGCCAAGGAGAGGGCGGAGAUCUUGCUCAAGUGGUACGCUGCCAUGGAGGAGAACGCUGAGGAUCUCGCCGUCCUCCUAUCCCUCGAAAACGGCAAGACCCUCGCCGAAGCCCGAGGCGAGGUCAAGUACGCCGCCUCCUUCGUGCACUGGUUCGCCGGCGAAGCCGUCCGCUCCUACGGCGACGUCAUCCCCUCCUCCUCGCACAACACCACCGUGCUCACCUUCAAGGAGCCCAUCGGCGUCUGCGGCAUCAUCACCCCCUGGAACUUCCCCGCCGCAAUGAUCACCCGCAAGAUCGCCCCGGCCCUCGCCGCCGGCUGCGCCGUCCUCGCCGUCGAGGCCGGCGUCCCCGCCGAGUGCGUCAGCGUCAUCCCCACCAAGGAUAGGAACGCGUCUCUCGAGCUGGCCAAGAACCCCAAGGUCGGCAAGAUCAGCUUCACCGGCUCUACUGGCGUGGGCAAGAUGCUCACCGAGUUGGCGGCUAAGACGAUGAAGAGGGUCAGCAUGGAGUUGGGCGGAAACGCACCCUUUAUCGUUUUCGAGGAUGCGGAUAUCGAUCAAGCGGCCGAUGCGGCCAUGGCGUGCAAGUUCCGAUGCACCGGUCAGACCUGCGUGUGCGCGAACCGACUCUUUGUCCACGAAAAGGUCCUGGAGCCCUUCACCGCCAAACUCAUAGAACGCGUCGAGAAGCUCAAGCUCGGCAAGGGCGUCGACUCCGACACCACCCAGGGCCCCCUCGUCAACGCCUCCGCCGUUAAAAAGUGCAGGAGCACGUCGACGACGCCGUCAGCAAGGGCGCCAAGCGCGGAUCUCCGCCGCGUCAUGAGGGUGGCUAGGAAAUUGGAGUGCGGCAUGAUUGGUGUCAACACGGGCCUGAUCAGCGCUGCGGAGAGCCCGUUCGGUGGUGUCAAGGAGAGCGGUGUCGGAAGGGAGGGCAGCAAGUACGGUCUGGCCGAAUACCAAAACAUCAAGACUGUCACGCUUGGUGGACUGUAG